GGGGAUGGGUUGGGGAUACCCGGCACCGCGCCCCCCAGCCUGGGCAGGACCCCCCCGGCGGCGUCUUAGGGGUUACAGGGGGGUACAGGAGGUUGUAGGGGGGUGCCCCCUGCGGCAUCCCGGUGGGGUGGGUGUAGGGUGACCGCUGGCAGGAGGCAGGGACCCCGUGGGGCCGCCCCGUGACCGCGCGGGGGUGGUGCCGGGCGCGUCCCCGCCCCGAGUGACGCCGGCACGGAAACGACUCGGGGCCGCCAUGGAGUUCCCGGAGCUGGGGGAGCACUGCUCGUGGCCCCCCUGCCAGCGCCUGGAUUUCCUGCCCCUCAAGUGCGACGCCUGCCAGCAAAUCUUCUGCACCGACCACGUCGCCUACGCCCAGCACGCCUGCACCUCCGCCUACAAGAAGGACGUUCAGGUCCCCGUGUGCCCGCUCUGCAACACGCCGGUGCCCGUGAGGCGCGGGGAGAUGCCCGACGUGCUGGUGGGCGAGCACAUCGACCGCCACUGCAAGGCCGACCCCGCGCAGCGCCAGCGCAAGAUCUUCACCAACAAGUGCUUGAAGCCCGGCUGCAAGCAGAAGGAGAUGAUGAAGGUGAUCUGCGAGCAGUGCCACAAGAACUACUGCCUGAAGCACCGGCACCCCCUGGACCACGACUGCAGCGGGGCCGGCCACUCGCUCUCCAAAGCUGGGCACGCCGCGCUCGCUAGGGCUCAGGCGUCCUCCUCCAAAGCAGCGAGCACAGCAAGCAGUGGAGCUGCCCGGCCCUGCAGACAGCCCCUCGGCCAGCUUCUCCCCCAUCUACAGGGGCAGAGCAACCACGUCCCAGGCCCCCAGCACCUCCCCGCCAGCUGCCGUGCUGCAGAAUGGCCUGAGCGAGGAGGAAGCGCUGCAGCGCGCUCUGGAGCUGUCCCUGGCGGAGUCAGCGCGGGGCACAGCGCAGCCACCCAGCACGCAGGAGGAGGAGGACCUGGCACUGGCACAGGCGCUGUCGGCAAGCGAAGCCGAGUACCAGCAGCUGCAGCGGCAGGCGCACGGCUCGAAGCCCUCCAACUGCAGCAUGUCGUAGGAGGUGCGCCCGCGGAGGUGGUGGCACCGGGGGCAGCCGUGGCCUCCCACGGGGACGCCGUGAGGACCCCCUGGAUGCUGACAGGAGCCCGGCACCAUCUCCUCUCCCCAAACGCACACGGACAGCUCAGCCCCGCGUGCAGGGGGUGCAGCAAACCCCCUGGAGGGGCAGGCUUGGGGAGAGCCCAGGCGCACGCUAGCCAAAGCGAGCGGCGGUGCACGGAGGGUGCUGAGCCCGCAGCCGGUGCCCUGGCACCGCUGGGGAGGUGGGGAGAGGGCAGGGCUGGCCUGGGGGGGCUUCAUCCCCUCCUCUAGCCCCAGCCGUGCUGCAGGGCAUCCCCUCGGGAGCAGCAGCACCCUCUGGCCCCGCAGGCAGGAGCUGAUUCCCCGGGUUGGGGUCGCGUCCUGGCAGCCCCCUGGGGGAGGUCGGUGCCACCCCGUGCUGCUUCCUCGCCAGCUUUCCCUGCUGGACCUGCUCCUGCCCGUGGGGCUGUGCCCGGUGCUGCAGGAGCGCUGAAAAGGCGUCCAAGUGCUGCUCGGGAGAAAAUAAAAGGCAUAGCACGAG